ACGACAAUUGCGAGUAGUGAGCCGCUGAUGACUUCCUCGCCAUGCGAGAUUGCCGGUCACCAUCUAUCUGUGCCAAUGGUCGAUGCUCCGUCCGCUUGAGUUGAGUCUCUCUUCACCUCGCCUGAUACGCUUCACCAAGCAUGCGCUCCAUGAACCCCACCUUCAUCGCCCUAUGCGCCUUCCUCACCGCCGCGCUCGCCAGCGCUUCGACCCUUCCUCAAGUCUGCAACGGCGCAAAGGACGCUCAUUGCCUCUAUACCCCUAUCGCGGCGUAUCGUACCCAAGAUCCCGAGAUCAAGGCCACGAAGGGCGCCAUCGUCAGCCAAGAGAGGGACCCUGUAGGUUCCAUCACCUACCUGAUCAAAGACGGCACUGCAGGCCAACUUACGAUCUUCUGCCACGAUGGAGGAGGCAACAAAUUUCUCUUUGACUUUGGUCAGGGGGCUAGCUCGAUCGUUGUGGACUCGGUGUUGAACGGUAAUGCCAAGGUGUACUUGAAUGACAAUCCUGGUGUUUACGCCGGCAUAGGCCAGACGCUGAUCUUGCGUAGCAACUCUGUCGGGGUUGAUGCUACGGUGACCUGCCCCCACUGAGUGUGCUUACUCUCAUAGUUGUUGUGCCCCUAUGCGCUCGCUCGUCCCAGCGCUUGCCCAAAAUGAAAGAUCAUUAGCGACCCAUCAUGCCCACUCUGAUCGUGAGCCCAUACUGUCAUAAAAACCCGCAGGCUCCUUCGCGAUCCUUACCCUGGGAGUGCUCGAUCGCGACGACAGCGGCUUGCCUCUCGCCCACCGCCUCGCUGUUCUGCUGUUGAGCCGCCUACAUCACUCUCUCUUCUAUCCACCCAUCCUGACUUCCACCAUGCACCUCGUCGCCAUUACCUUAGU